CCCGCCGGCGGGGCCCAGACAAGAUGGCGUCGCCCGGCUCCGGCGGCGCUGAGCGGGGCCCGUAGGGACGGCGGGCGGUGACCGCGGGACGGCGGGACAGCGGGGCCGGGGGCCGCAGUAACCCCGAUGAGUGUGCCCUUGAUGAGUUUGCUCGGUGUCUGUUGAAAUCCGAGCAAGCUGCUGCUGUCCGUGAUGUUCGGAAGUGCCUCCUCGCAGUAGUUAAAUCGCGAAGAACCAAAACAAACAUCUGAUUUUCUUUGGGGGUGUGGUGUGUCGAGUCUGCCUUCAGGUUCUAGAUGGCUUCUAAGAAGUUGGGAUCCGACUUUCAUGGGCCUUUCAGUUAUCUUGAUGAUGUCCCAUUUAAGAUAGGAGACAGGUUCAAAACCCCAGCAAAGGUUGGAUUACCCAUUGGUUUCUGUCUGUCUGAUUCUUCUCAGCUUGUCAGAGAAGCCCAGUAUGACUUCUCACUGGAAAAGAAAACAAUCGAGUGGGCUGAAGACAUCAAAAAAAUUCAGGCUGCCCAGAGAGAAGCUGAACGCAAGGCAGAAGAAGCUCUAGCAAACUCAAAAGCAGCUCCAGAGGACAGCACCAAGAUGGGGUUCUCAGAGGGACCUUGCCCUGAAGCCAUGCCUCCUCCUAUUAACCCCAUCCUUGCUAGCCUGCAGCACAAUAAUAUUCUGACUCCUACGCCAGCCAACACCAGCUCUGUGAAGCAAAAGGUCCUCAGUCCACCUCGUCCAAAGGCAGAUUUCAACCCAGCUGAUUUUGAAUGUGAAGAAGACCCUUUUGACAAACUGGAAUUAAAAACUAUUGAUGAUAAGGAGGAAUUAAAAAAUAUCCUUGAAAUUCAUGUUGGUACUACUGGGCCAAUUGUUGCCCAGCUGUUAGAUAAUACUUUGCCUAAAGGAGGGUCUGAGUCUGUGUUGCAAGAUGAGGAAGUUCUGGCAUCCAUAGAAAAGGCCACGUUGGACUUCAAACCCCUUCACAAACCCAAUGGCUUUAUCACUUUACCACAGCUGGGAAACUGUGAAAAGAUGUCCUUGUCUUCCAAAGUGUCCCUUUCCCCCAUCACUUCAGUGAGCAAUAUCAAAUCCCUGUCAUUCCCUAAGCUUGACUCUGAUGAGGGUGAUCAGAAAUCAUCAAAGCUCACGAGCACUUUCCACAGCACUACCUGUCUCCGCAAUGGCACUUUGCUUAGCUCUUUGCAGACCUGUGCUCAGAGUAAAACCAGUGAACUGAAUGGACACCAUGUGCUUGGUCUUUCUGCUCUAAAUGAGGACAGUGGCAGGGAGACAUUAUCCUCUUCAUCCAGGCUGUCUUCCCUGGCUGUUUCAACUGUUUGUACAGAAGAGGAAUCAUCUCAAAGCACAUCGACUACGCAGGUACACCCAGACUGCCAGGAAACAGAAAUCCCUGUGGUAACACACCAAAACUUCGCAGUGUCUAAAGUGCCCAAUAACAGCAGCUGCACGAAGUGGCCGGGCGGUCUCGCGGCCGAGCUGCAGCAGGGCCUCUCCCCCAGUGAGAGGCACUGUGUGGAGACUGUGGUCAACAUGGGCUACUCGCCUGAGAACGUCCUGAAAGCCAUGAAGAAGAAGGGACAGAACAUAGAUCAGGUUUUGGAUUACCUGUUUGCACAUGGACAGCUUUGUGAGAAGGGCUUUGAUCCACUUCUUGUUGAAGCAGCUUUGGAAAUGCACCAGUGUUCAGAGGAGAAGAUCACAGAACUUCUCCAAUUAAUGAGUCAAUUUAAAGAAAUGGGCUUUGAACUCAAAGACAUUAAGGAGGUCUUAUUAUUACACAAGAACGACCAACACAAUGCUUUGGAAGAUCUAAUGGCCCGUGCAGGAGCCAGCUGAAGACACAUUCCUGGGUUCUUGGCGUGCAUCGGAGCAGAACCAGCCCCGCCACCUUCACAUCCAGUGUGACUUGCUCUCAGCGGAAGGAGUCCAGCUUUUUGCAUACAAGGGAGAGUGACUGAGCAAGUCUGCCUGCCUGUAUCACUCCAGCAUUUCUCUUUCCACUGAGGGCCAGCUUUCAUUCUUAAAUUAAAUUUUAAAGUGUCCUUUCCUAAGUUUCCUUUUUCCAGCUUGGCCACGGAAAGUUGAGACUGCCCAGCCUCGACUGGAAUUGUACAUAGGUAGAGAUGGAGUGGUUCCCCCCUCAUUGUUGCACUGGAGUUGGACAGAAGUAUUAAGUUGGUUCUGAAACUAGGAUGCUUUGGUUCUUUGAAGCUGCUUUCAUGGUGUCUUGUCUGCUUGUACUGAAUUACUUGACUGUGUCACAGUCCAGAUUACCUGGUUAAAUUUGACCUUUAGUGCAAUGGAGUUUUAUUUUUUGGUUGAAAGUUAGUCUGUAACUUAGUAUAACACUGGUUCAGAAACUGUCACUAUGCAUAAAGAGAGAACCUUGGUUUUUUUUGUCCUCUUGGUUUUUUUUUUUUACCCAUGCAUCCAAUAUUUUGCCAGACGUGAGUGUCCAGUGCUGAGUGGUAAGUUCCCUUGAAGCAGGUAAGCUGUGAACUCAACCUGGACCUGCAGCUUCUGUUGGUUCUUAAACCUGAAGGCAGAGAGCUUGGGCUCAGUAUUUUUAAUCCCCCCAGGCUUGUAGGAUAUUUAAGACAAUGCCCUGCUAGAAAGUCAGUUAAUCUUUCUGUUUUAAAUAAUACACAGUGUGAUGCAGGAGAUUACUUUCAAGCACUUUCUUUAAAACAGAUAUACUCACUGCAUUAGUUCAAUUUUUCACACUGAUAUAGAAUUACAUAAUAAUAUCUAGUACUACAAAUCAGGUUUGGGGUUGUUUUUGAUAGUUCAAAGUAUUACGUUGUACAUUGAUCAAGUUCUAAAUACAUUAAAUAUCAGCAGUCUUGAGGAAUCUCUAAUUUGCUAAAUAUUUUGAUUCUGCAGAAGACCAACUAAUAAAACCCUGAAAUAUAACUCCCAGUGUCAUGGUUCCCAUCUCUCAUGCACUUUGGCUUCAGCAGACGGGGACCUUGCUGCAUCCUGCCCACCCAGGUGCUGCCAGCUCCUGUGGGCACGUGUGAGCACUGUUGGGCAGAGCAACCAGAGGUCUCUGAGCUGCAGCUGCAGUGGUAGAAGGUGCUUUGCUUCUCUGUAGCUUAUUUUUGUUUUGUGGCAAAACCCCAGCCUAGGGAUACAAACUCACGUUAGAGCCUGGAGCUGGAGCAUUGGACUGCUGGAGGGCAAAAUGUCUCAGCUCUUUGCAUCAGUGCAGGUUUUUGAGUAGGAGGUUUCAGCUCAUCAGGAUUCCAAAGGAGAUGGCAUUUGUCUCCAUUAUGUUGUUAACUUUCUAUGACCAAAACAUCUAAUUUGAGCCCAGUGUGCACUCCUGGAAUUCUCUGUGGGGUGCCCAACUGCAUGAAUUAAAUGUUUACUUAAAAUGAUGCAAGAGAGGGAUCUGCUGGCAAUUAUCUAGGAGAUGUGGAGAAGGAUGAUGAUGAGGAGGAGCAGAGCAGGUUGCCUUGCACAUACCCCAUAGUGUUGACCUUCACCAUUUUCUAGUAGUGGAGCUGAAAUAAAGAUUGUCUAAGAAUGACAUUUAGCAGCUGGUGGGACAGCAGCUGCUGCCUCUGGCAGUGCAGGUAAUGUCCCGCUUUUGUUCCUUCCGAGGUCAGAAAUGCAACAGUGAAGUGAGGAAAUGGGGUUCCUGAUUAAUUGAGAAACCUUGAAAACAAAAUUCAAACUGCUUUUCCAUCACUGCUGAGAGCAUUUGGUUGUGUUGCUUGUUCUGGUUUUCUCAGAAUUGCUACCCCAGUGAGUCCCUGUCUGGUACCAGACAGUCUGGAAGGGGCAAGAAUUCUUUGCCAGCAAAGAAACAACUAUUUAGACCAAACCUCUGAAUAAAAUAAUCUCUGAUUGUA